AUACGCAGCUACGGAAGCCUCGCAGGUGACGCAGCUAGCGAGCUGUAGCUUCCUGAAAAUGGCCAGCUGGGGAAGAGUCGCUGCUCACCUGAGAAACUUUUUGAGGAGCCCUCGGUCUCUGAAAGGUUUAGCUCGACACCGAGUCGUCGGACCUGGCAUAUUCGGCUGUGUAAUUGGUACUGGGGCUAUCUGUUUCCACCAGUAUCAUGCAGUCAACAGGACUCUGCCCUUCACCGUUCAUGCGGAGGAACAAAAAGAGGCUGCAGCUCCUCAGCUGUCUGCAAGGAGGAUCCGUUUCAACCAGUUCGCCUCAGUUGUCUACGAGCUGGAGCCCUACAUGACCCCCAGAGACUUCCUGUACUCUGUGAUGCUGGAGAACGUUGAUCGAAAGCUGCAGAAGAGAGAGUUAACAAAAGAGGAAGUUGAGAAGAUGUUGAAAGCUGCCUCUAAAGCUUGUGCUGGCAAUGAUCUGUUCAGAAACUUGGGAGACAAUGGUUUGAUAUCCUACACAGAAUAUCUGUUCCUGCUCACCAUCCUGAUCAAGCCGCGCACAGGAUUUCAUAUAGCUUUCAAGAUGCUUGAUGUUGAUGGCAACGAGCAUGUCGACAAAAAGGAAUUUCUCAAGCUUAAGAAAAUCAUUGGGAAAAGUAAAAAGAGAGUUGUUAAGGACAGCACAGAGAAACCGGUGGAGGAAGGGGAAAGUGUGAACACGACACUUCAGGCCUACUUCUUUGGGAAGAACGGAGAAAACAAGUUGCAGUAUCAGCAGUUCCACAGGUUCAUGGAGGACCUGCAGGCUGAAGUCCAGGAGAUGGAGUUCCUGCAGUUCUCCAAAGGUAUGGACACUAUGAGACGAGAAGACUUUGCAGAGUGGCUGCUACACUACACCAACGAAGAAGACAAUGAAAUCUACUGGGAAAACAUGAGAAAGCGGAUCCCUGCUGGUCAGAGUAUCACAUUUGAUGAGUUUAAAGUCUUCUGCCUCUUCACCAACAAUCUGGAGGACUUUUCCUUCUCACUGAAAAUGGUGACUGGAGCCAACCGUCCUGUUGGAAUGGCCCAGUUCAAACGAGCCGUGAAGAUCGCCACAGGCCAUGACCUGUCUGAGAACGUGCUGGACACUGUGUUUAAACUCUUUGAUAUGGAUGGAGACAACUGCCUGAGCCAUAAGGAAUUCAUUAACGUGAUGAAAGACAGAGUGCUGCGAGGUCUGAAGGUGCAGCCUCAGAGCGGCUUCUCUGGCUUCUGGAAAUGUGUGAAGCAGGAGACCCUGAAAGGAGCUCAGGAGGCUCUGGGAGACACCGGGUGCCCCAUCUGAGAGAUGCUCAAAGAAGCGGCGUUAAGAUUACACAUGCAUGUGUGAAGAAGGAGGAUUUAAACCACUCUCUUAUGUACAAAUAUGUUUACAGAGCAACAAAUCUAUUUGAUAUUAGCUAAGAACUGUCUGGUUGAGGUGUUUACAAUAUUUUUUAAGGUUUGCUGCAGUGUGCCUGACUUAAUGCUUAAUCAAAUUGUGCAUUUAUACUCAGAAUGACUCAUUUUUACAUUAAUUUUGCACUUCAUACACUUUUUUCUUGUGAACAGUGUCUUUAUAAAACUGGCUAACUGGUUUAUGAGAUAGCUUGUCGUUCUGUGCAUGGACACAUUUUUUCAAGGGUUUGUACAAUCUCUGGUGUGGGUUUUUUUUCAUGUUUAUGUCAAAAUAUUUUAUCAAAUAAAAUUUUUUUAAAAAUG